UUAGAAACACAAGUUAUUGUACAACGAAUGUUACCUUCCUUUCAAAUAUGAGCGGCAGGACAGAGAGAGGGCCAGAGACCUCUGCGUUAUUACUGAAGAAACUGUGCAUGAAAUUGACAGGAUUGUCAGAUGAUUCCGUCUUGCCUGUGUUACAACAUUCACUUAAGAUUAUUGGAAGUAAUUUUGGUUCACCAGUAGAGACAAAUGAAUUUCAAGUCGCAGAAAAAAUCAAAAGAAAGCUGGUUCGUAAAGGAAGGGAGAAAGAUGCUGCUAUCUUUUCCGAUCUUCACAGAAAACUUCAGGCACAGGGUAUACUGAAACAAAGAUGGGCUGUCUUGUACCUUCUGAUGUCACUUAAUGAUUCUGCCAAUGGACCAGCUGCAAAGCCCACUGUGAAUGGCUCUGCCUUGUUUGGAUCAGGCUUGCCCUCCCAUGCCACCUCCACGCCGUUCAAUCCUGCCCUUCAUAGGUAUCCACCCCCACCUGGAAGUGUCGGGGAGGUGACAGCAUUACACUCCGUCUCUCACUGCACAGGCAGUAGUGGCAUCAGUAGUAUUCGCAGUGACCUCAACAAUAGUAACCCAUCAGUACCCCAGUCAUACAUGCCAGUUACAACAUUCAACUCUGUCGAAUUGGACCGAAGUGGUAACAGCCGAACGCUUGGCUCUCGUCUGGCUUCUACUCUUUCAAGACAAGAAAAAUCAAAUACAGCAUUAGUACCAAGUAGGGACAGUCGCCGCAAUAAACCUGAAUCCAACAUAUUGGUUCUGCGAGGGGAUAAAACCUCCUUUGAGUUGCCUGAAGCAGAAUUGAUCAAAGAUCUUGUGUAUGCUUUUCAAGGGAUUGAAGGAAAAUGGAUUAGAUUUGAUCCUUCUAAAGAAGGCUACAGAAUAGACUCCCAGGCUGGGAUACCUAAAGCAAUAAGACAACUAGUCAGCAAGCUUGCCGAAUGUGGAUGGCUUUAUUCCAAAACCAAGGAUUACAUCCAAACUAGAAGUGCAGACAAGACUUUUGGCUUAGUUGGUCAGAGUUUUUGUGCAGCAUUACACCAGGAACUGACUGAAUAUUACCGUCUAAUCGCUGUCCUAGAGGGUCAGUUGAACCAGGGAGAUACAGGACUGACGUCACCAGAGGAGAGCUCCAUCUCGCUGAGACAGUUGGUGGUAUGGACAUUUGAUCCGUUGUUACGCCUUAAGACUCUAGCCACAGUGGUGGAUGUGUGUCGAGGUAAGAAGGGUGGAGCUCUAGCCUCAUCUUUGUACUCCUACAUGCAGCAUGGAGACCCAAACAUCAAGGCCCUGAUAAUGCAUACCUUGACCAUGGUGUCCCAGCCUAUUUACUCCACCUUGAUACGGUGGAUAUAUGAUGGAGAAUUGGAGGACACUCAUGACGAGUUCUUUGUGGCAUCAGAUCCAACUGUAAAGAAUGACCGAUUAUGGCAUGACAAGUACACACUGAGGAAGUCUAUGAUCCCAUAUUUCAUUACAAUGGACCAAGCCAGACGGAUACUGAAUACUGGUAAAUCAAUUAACUACCUGAGACAGGUGUGUCAGGACCGAACCCCCACUAAAGGUCGUGAGGUCGCCAUGAUCAUGGACAACACUAAAGCGGGUGAAAUGUUUAUGCAGGACACAGUGAGUGAAUUUCAGCACAUGAUUGAUUCCGUUUACAAGGAGACAAGUCGCCAUCUUCUGGAUACCCUACAUAACAAGUACAAAUUUAUGGACCAUCUCAAGGCUAUGAGGCGAUACUUACUGCUGGGACAAGGGGAUUUCAUACGACACCUGAUGGACCUCUUAGAGGAAGAUCUUGCCAAGCCAGCCGGGAACUUGUAUCUUCAUAAUCUGACUGGUAUUCUAGAGACAGCCAUUAGGGCAACUAAUGCACAGUUUGAUGACUCGGAUAUUCUUAAAAGGCUCGAUGUCAGACUUCUUGAGGUGUCAACAGGUGAUACAGGCUGGGAUGUGUUCAGUCUUGACUACCAUGUAGACGGUCCAAUCAGAACGGUGUUCACUCCAGAGUGUAUGAUAAUGUACCUACGGGUAUUCAACUUCCUGUGGAGGUCCAAGAGGAUGGAAUACAUUCUGGCCAAUAUAUGGAGAAACCAGAUGGCUAGUGCAAAGAUGUUACAAUGUAUUCCAGAGUUGUCCAGUAUCCUACAUCAGUGCCAUAUGCUGACCAGUGAGAUGGUCCAUUUCGUACAACAAGUCCAGUAUUACAUCAACUUUGAGGUGCUGGAGUGCUCGUGGGAUGAAUUGCUCACCAAGGUCAGCGAGGCAGAGGACCUUGACUACAUCAUCGCUGCUCACCAAGUCUUUCUGGAUACCAUCAUAUCCAGGUGUCUCCUUGAUGAACAGUCAAAGAACAUCCUGACUCAGCUGAGGACUAUCUUCGAUUUGAUCAUUGACUUCCAGACAGCUCUAGGAGGAUUCUUCACUGAGGCAUCAGAGGAACAAAUGGCUCGUCAACAUUUUGAUAAAAUGCAAGCGAAACGCUCAAAAGAGGGAGACUGGGGUCUGACAGAAGAAGAGGAGACAGAGGAGCAACAUCGCAGGAUGGCAUUCCUGAAGAAAAUCAUCCCCAACACAAGAGCUCAGUUCAAAGUUUUAUCUCAGAGCUACCAGGAUAUGGUACAACAGUUCCUUGUGAUGCUGACAACCCAUCAGGAUGUAAGUCUUCGCUUUCUCAGCUUCAGACUUGACUUCAAUGAACACUACAAGACGAGAGCACCACAACUACAGAGUCCUUUAAUGUACAGAGGGACCAGGGCGGUCACAUGAUUUCUUCAAUUAUCUCCUCAUAUACACAGAUGAGGUGAAGUUACACGGUCCCUAUAGCAAAUGGAUUAACAUAAUUAACAAAGGCUUACCCAUGAUCACAUGAUUGAUGCAACCAAUGAUUGUGUACCAUUCUGAAGAUCAAAUUCUUGUACCAAGAUCUCUCCUUGUUACUGUAUCUCAGACUUGCCUAUUUUAACUGUUAGAAGCUAUGGAGUGUUUUCCAUGCAGAGCACUUCUUAAGGCUUCAGAUUUCUGAAGAAGAAGAAUUUGAGGAUCUGAUAUUAAGAUCUGUGUUUGUGAGUUAUAUUUUUAUACUGAGACUUGUAAAAGCUUGUGAAUGUUAUAUAUGUGAACACUUGCCUGUAACGUCUGUAAGAUAGCUCACCAGGUAAAAUUGUGAAUUUAAAUUCAAAUCCAGCAAUACUGUAGAAUACCUUACAUCAGUCGGAGGUGUCAUUAGUAGAAGUCCUUGUCUGCUGAUAUCACUAGUAGAUUAUGUUUGAUAUCAUUGUUCCAUACAUCAAAAUUUAAAUCCAUGAAUAUUUUAAAUCUUAUUACCGCAAGAAGUUUCCAAGGGGUUUCGGAAGCUAUGAUAUUAUAUAAGACUUUUUUGUUACAUAUUUGACAAAUAUUCAAACUUAUGACUGCCAGUUCUGUUAUGGUGAAAUCACCUGUCGCAGUUGAAGAAAAGCAAUGCUAAAUUAAAAGAACAAAAGUUAUAAGCUUAAGCUAUUGACUUAAACUCAUGGUUGAUGUAAAUUUUCAUAGAAGUCUGAUUCCGUGUUACAUUUUUGCUGAUUCAUAUUAAAAGCCACGUUGUAAGGGAAGGUCUGUAGUGAAACGUUGACAUCAAAUCCAGUCUGUGUACAUUACUUUGUAAAGUGUUAACCUUUGUAUAAUUUACACUUCUCACUGUAUUACCCAAUAUUUGUUUUGAGAAAUUUAUAUUAUGAAGGACAAGGCUGCUUAUAAUUUAUUUUAGUACAUAACCAAUUUAGUGCUAAAUUCAUUUUUAUCAUCAUUGUUAAUCUCAGUUAUAUGUUGAAUUUUCAAUUUUUUCAUAAGAUAUGUUUCAAUCCUUGAGCUUCUGGAUCAAACUGUUCCAAUAAAAUCUCUUUCUUCACAGUAUGCCCACUUACCCAUCUUAGUGUGUUUUAAUUUGAAAGCCCUUUCCAUGUCAUUGCAAGCUAUUUUGAUUGACCAAUCUGCUUUGUUGCACUGCUUCAGCAGAGUUACUUUCCCUUUAAUAUUUAUUAUGCUAACUUUAUUCUUUAUGGUAAACAGAUUUUCAGCGAGAUGUUAUGAUAUAUGGAUAGGUUUUAGCCCAUCAUCAUCAGAUGGUAGGUUACACCAGGGACCAGUGUCACGUAGAAAUUGAUCUUUUUCUUUUAAAAUAUUGCUGAAACCUAUUGAGAAGUGCUUGUGUACAUUAUGUUACAGAGAUUAAAUCUAUUGACAUAACAGAUUGUUAUUAAUUCUCUUUAUGAGUUUUACUUGAAAGAUUUGACUAAUAAUAAAUCUGAUUGUUGGUUCUAUUAAACGAUGGUGUACUGCAAAUCUGUAACAAAGACUGUUGGUCUGACAUAUAUCUUGUAAGUAUAAAGAAUCUUGAAUCUCGUUCUUAUUUCUCCAUCACAGGAUAUUGCAGUGUUCUAUUAUAUUAAUAUGGACCAGGCAAUUCAUCUGAUAAACUAUGAAAAAGGUGGAAUGAAAACUUUCAAACUCCUGUGUUCUUCAAAUCCUGUCUAUAUUAGAAAGUGAGAAGAGUGGAACUUUUUAUGAUAUAUAUUAUAUGCAUACAUAUAUUUUCCACGGAGAGGUUAGUGCUAUUGUUAAAUGUCAAUAAAACAAUACUGUGAUAACA